CACUAAUUAGUAUCAUAGACUGCUUUUGGAACGCGACUGUACAAUGUUGUCCAAGCAUUUUCAGUCACUGCGGCCUUGUUUAUCAGGUCGCAGCACUCGGUCCCUCCUCGUGCGUUCUAACGCAGCAAAAACACUCGACAGGCGUCGUUAUGUUACGUCGGGAGCCCGGGAUAGGGCCACCGUCGGGGUAUUUACGCCGAAAGCUGCAGCGCUAUUCGUUGCAACCGGCGUUGGUCUAUUCUACUACUUUCGCUACGAGAAGCAAAAGCUUCUCGAACAACGUCAAAAGGAACUUGAAUCCCGAAGCGUCGGACGAGCUCACGUCGGCGGUCCGUUCACACUAACGACUCACGAGAACACGCCCUUCUCUGAUAAAGACCUCCUUGGUCGAUGGAAUUUCGUCUACUUCGGGUUCACCAACUGUCCCGACAUAUGUCCUGCCGAACUCGACAAGAUCGGCGCAGUCUUGACGCCUCUAGAGAAGGACUACGGGGCAAUUUUCCAGCCCGUGUUCAUCUCUGUCGACCCUGCACGCGACUCGGUUGCUCAAAUGAAGACGUAUCUUGCUGAUUUUCACCCUCGUAUCAUCGGUCUCACGGGCGACUACGCAACCGUGAAAUCGACAUGCAAAGCUUACCGUGUCUACUUCUCGACCCCGCCUGACGCAGAUCCCAAGGGUGACUACCUCGUCGACCAUUCAAUAUACGUGUACCUCAUGGAUCCGAACGGGCAGUUUGUAGAGGCGUUUGGGCAGAGUAGUACGUCAGACGAAGUCGUCGAGCGGGUCAAGAAGGAGAUCUUGGAGUAUGAAAAGGAGACGGGGAGGAUAGUGUAGAAGGCUCGAGGACUCCAGCAGACAUAGCAUUUGAAUUCAGGCAUAUCACACCACUCUCU